GGCGGAGCAAGCCCCUUUGUGCCUAAAAACUCAGGAGGAAUGAGCAACCACAUCUAGCAGAUCUUUUUUGUCUUUCCCAGAGAAAAGCGCGCAAUAGAGAGGGGGAGAUACAUACUCCUGUAUAAUAAAGAGAGGGAGAAGGACAGGGAGAAGCAGAGGAAGAUGCCUUUCGGGGGGUUUGCGGGGCUGAAGGAGCAGAUUCUGAAACCAGGGAAGGAGGAGGUGAAGAAUAUAGUAGGAGACAGCCUGGGGAACCUGCAAAGGAAAAUCGAUGGCACCAAUGCGGACGAGGAAGACCAGAUGGAGCUGACAGAGGACGGGGAACCGGUGGCCCCUCGCCACAGUGCCCCUCUGUUUGACUGUGGGUGCUGCGGCCUGCCCAAGCGCUACAUCAUCGCCAUCCUCAGCGGCCUGGGCUUCUGCAUCUCCUUUGGCAUCCGCUGCAACCUGGGGGUGGCCAUCGUGGAGAUGGUCAACAACAACACGGUCUACAUCAAUGGGACACCUGUACUCCAGCCAGCUCAAUUCAACUGGGACCCAGAGACUGUGGGACUGAUCCAUGGCUCCUUCUUCUGGGGUUACAUCGUCACACAGAUCCCUGGAGGCUUCAUCUCCAAUAAGCUGGACGCCAACAGAGUGUUUGGGGCGGCCAUUUUCCUCACGUCCAUACUGAAUAUGUUCAUCCCGUCAGCAGCCAGGAGGCAAUACGGCUGUGUCAUGUUAGUCCGCAUCCUACAAGGCUUGGUGGAGGGUGUUACCUACCCAGCAUGCCAUGGAAUGUGGGCCAAAUGGGCUCCUCCCCUAGAGAGAAGUCGACUGGCCACCACCUCAUUCUGUGGUUCAUAUGCAGGUGCUGUGGUUGCCAUGCCUUUAGCAGGUGUACUGGUUCAGUAUGUUGGAUGGCCCUCAGUCUUCUAUAUCUAUGGUGUAUUUGGGAUCAUAUGGUACAUCUUCUGGCUCCUGCUUGCUUAUGGGAGCCCAGCCGCCCAUCCCACUAUAAGCGAUGAGGAGAGGAUCUACAUAGAGACCACCAUUGGCGAGGGGGUCAAAAUAUUGAGCGCCACUGAGAAAUUCAAGACUCCAUGGCGUCGUUUCUUCACCUCCAUGCCUGUCUAUGCCAUCAUUGUGGCUAAUUUCUGCCGUAGCUGGACCUUCUAUCUGCUCCUGAUCAGCCAGCCGGCCUACUUCGAGGAGGUGUUCGGCUUCUCCAUUGGCAAGGUGGGGCUUCUGUCUGCUGUUCCUCACAUGGUGAUGACCAUCAUAGUGCCAAUCGGUGGCCAGCUGGCCGACUUCCUACGCAGUCGUAAAAUCUUGUCAACUACAAACGUCCGGAAAAUCAUGAACUGCGGAGGUUUUGGUAUGGAGGCCACUCUGCUGCUGGUGGUGGGGUUCAGUCACACACGUGGUGUUGCCAUUUCCUUCCUGGUGUUGGCUGUGGGCUUCAGUGGCUUUGCCAUCUCGGGGUUCAAUGUAAACCACUUGGACAUUGCCCCUCGCUAUGCCAGUAUCCUAAUGGGCAUCUCCAAUGGCGUUGGCACACUGUCUGGAAUGGUGUGCCCCCUCAUCGUUGGAGCACUGACUAAACACAAGACCCGUCUGGAGUGGCAAAACGUGUUUGUGAUUGCCGCCAUGGUGCACUACACGGGGGUCAUCUUCUAUGCUAUCUUCGCCUCGGGCGACAAGCAGGACUGGGCCGACCCGGAGAGCACCAGCGACGAUAAGAUCGGCAUCAUCGACGAAGACGAGCUGGCCGAAGAGACGGAGCUCAACUGCGAGAUUGCCAUGGCACCGAAGAAGAGCUAUGGAACCACAGAGAACCCGUCGGGUUGCAAACAGGGCUGGAAGAAGAAGAGAGGAGUCACCAUGCAGGAGGAUGAGGAGGAUGGGAACUCCCACCAUAUUAAUGGUAACUACCAGGAGCAGUAUCAGUGAUGUGCCCUAAGGAUCAGGGGCAUUGGCUGUCCUUGUUCUGCACCUUUUUCCUGAAGCGUGCACUUGCACACUUAAUCACAUGGCUUCAACAAUGGUGGAAACUUCCUCCAGCCAAUGCAUAAACCAAUCCUAUGCUUUAAUAUCCAUGACGUGACGUGCGCUAAAGCCCACUUCUGGAAAAGGGUAGAGAACCGGGACACAACAUUAUCUCUGAUGACCCCCUCCCUAUUCAAUAUAUAGUGCACUACUACUACAGGGAAUAGGGUGGCACUUGAGAAGCACUGCAGGACUUCCCCUUCACGUCAACAUCAAGGGUCAAAUUCACACAGACCGGCAGAACUGUCAAUGGUCAUUCUGCUGAGAAGUUAAAAAAUAAGUUUCAGCAGCCAUCUGUCAAUUAUCACAAACUUGCCUUUUGUUGUUGUUUGGUCAUUUUAUCCAUUUGACGGUUUUACCUCGUACUGAGACAUAUUUCCAUUAUUGUGUGGUCCCUGAUGAUGAGGUCACAUUGUCACUUGCCAGGUGUUGAGUCUGAGGCUGAGUAAAUGUUGUCAUACGAGAGAGAAAUUAGACACAUUUGUCUGGUAGGAACUCAAAGAUGAAGGGACAUUACAAUUUGUGUAAUGUAAACAAAACAAAAAAAUAUAUAUAUACAGUGAGGGAA